GUAUAAUUUGGAAUUUCGCUGUCUUUAAGUCCCAUCAAUUAUUAUAUCGGACAAACACUGCGAGUGACAUAUAUUUCUCUUAAACACAGAGAUAACCUUUUAGCUACCGUUAUUUCAUUGAAUUUUGAAUUUUCAUAAUUGUAAUUUAUGUUAAUUUAAUCAAAUUUGUGUGUGAUUACCAUACUUUUGGAAUACAAAUUUAAGUAAAAUUAAUUUUUUUCAAAUAUUAUUGAAACUUUAAGUGAAUGAAUUUAUAUUGAAAUAAAUCAAACUGUCCGUUUUUUCUGCUCUUGCACCUAAUCACGCACUAAUUUAGUGUCAUUGUCAUUAGCUAUAACGCCACUAAUUACAAAAAUCCAGCAAUUAAUCAAGCUUUGUCCUAGAGUCCGGUGUUCGUCGUUGUCGUCACCCAUCAAUGAAAAAGCAAAAAAAAAUCCAAUCCAACGAAAAUAAUUUGCAGGGUCGACCAAAAUAAUUAGCACAUCCCCCUGACAUCGGUUAAAAAAAAUAUAACAACAUAUAAAAGGGGUCGCGUUAACUUGCUAAGAUAAAAUAACAACAAAAUACAUUUAUAAUUAAACCAAUAAAAAACAAAUUCAUUAAACGAAAACAAAAAGUGCAAUUAUAAGUUUCAAACUUGACGACACACUGUGAAUAUCUAGAAAUUUAAUUGUAUAUUUCAAUUAAAUUGUUGUCUUCUUGACUUUUUCAAAAAUUUUUGAAAAAUAAAAAAAACCAUCAACAAUAAUAAAAAAAAUAAUAACGCAUUUCGAAAAUGGCCAUCGCAAUUACAAGCUUUCCCAACAUCAUUAUUGUAGUUUCAAUAGCUCUUAUUGGAUUUACAAUUACAAAUGGCCUUAAGUGCUACAUGUGCGGCCAAUACAACGAGGGGGUGGGCUCGAUUACACCAUGCCUUAACUAUUCGGACCGAUACGCCCAUCUCUACCUUAAGGAGUGCACAAAGUCAUCCGAAAAAUACUGUGUGAAAUACGUUAGUGAACUAUCUACAGUUCGAGAUUGUGCAACAGAAUGUGCAGAAAAAGAAAUUUGGGAAACCAAAACAUACUGUUGCACAGAAGAAGGCUGCAAUGGAUCAACUAAAUCAACAUCAUCAUCGAUACUCCUAUUCUUCCUCACAAUUGUUCUUACACCAAUUAUUUUCAUUAGACACUGAAAAUCCUACUACGCCUUUCAUUUUUAAUGAAUAAAAAAAAAAAAUAAUACAUAUACAUAUAAAUAUAAAUAUAUAUAUAUUAUAAAAAAAAUACAAGAACACAACAUCGAAAUACUAGUAAUUAAAAAAAAAAAUGUAAUAAUGAUAUAAAAAUAUAAACAUUCAUUAUAUUUUUAACUUAAGAAAUUGCACAACCCAGUUCUAAUCUGGUGUAAAUUAGAUAAUAUUUUGAAUUAAUGCAAUUUCGAGCAUAUUUUCCAUUACAAAAACAAAAAAAUUAAAUACACACACAUGGGACCUUUAAUAAAUAAAAACAUAAGUAAAAAAAAAAUGCUUGCAAGUUUUUCGUUUAGUAAACAAAAAAAUAUAAAAAAAUAAUAAUUAUUGCAAUAUUGAAUUAUACGUUAGCUUUUAUCAAAGCCAGUAGUAAACACUAGUCUUCCCAAAAGUUGAAUAACAAAUAAAAAAAAUAAACACUAAAAUUUACUAUAAACUUGAAUUUAAAAAAAAAAUCAUAAAUCAUUUUUAAUGCACAAAAUAUAAUAAUUUUUAAUUUUUGUUUAAAUAUACGAUUAAGACAUUUUCUGAUAAAAAAAAACAUAAUUUCUUAGCAUAUUUAAUAAAUUGUGUUACAAGUGUAUAUUAAAUAAUUGGCGCAUCAUUUGAAAAUUCUUUAAACUUUUAAGCUUUUGUGAUGAUCCUAAAACAAUUUUUCAAAAAUCAAUUUUUAAAUAAUAUAUUUCACAUAAAAAAAAAUUACAAAAUAAUUCAUUCUAGAGUACAUACAUUUUUACAGUUUUAGUAGAAAUAAAAACUAAUUCUAAUCAAAAAUAUUUCUUAUAUGUGUUUUUUUUUUUUAAUCUAUAAGUUUAAAACUGCUUUUUGAAUUGUUCAAAAUUAUUUAAAAAUUUAUAUAUUUAAAAUCAUGCUUUAAAAAAUAAAUUAAAAUUUCUAAAAGACAAACACAAUAACCGCAAUAUAUAAAUAGAGAUUUCGUUCAAAUUAGAAUUCAUAAAGUGCUCAAAACGCAAUCUGAAAAAUAAAAAAAAAAAAUUUAAAAAUGUUUAUAAGCCUAAAUAUUCUAAAAUGAACGAUUCAUAGGAGAUAGUCAAAGAGUAAUUUUUAUCGAAAGUAGUAUAAAAUGUAACACCAAAAAAACAAUAGGAAAGCAAUAAACUGUUUACUUACAAAAAAUAAUAACAAAUACAUAAGAAUACAACAAAAAAUGUUAUCUAAAUUCAAAUAAAACUAAAUUAUACUUACAAAAAAAAUGAGAUUAAUUGUAAAAUAUUAAAACCAAAAAACAUUAUAAAGUAGUAAGCCGAAAAUAUUAAUAAAUACAAAAAAAAAAAACAUCCACAUUCUUAUAUGUGCAAGAAAUUCUAAAUUAUACAAUCGUAUAAAACUUAUAGUGAAAUUUAUAAUUAAAAUUAAUUUAUAAAUAAAAUAUAAUAUCUUAUAAAAAUAAAUUUUCAAGUUAAUUUAGUUUUCUGUUUUCUUUUUUUCUUUUGUCGUCGAAUGGAAGAGGAAGAUAAGUUGCCAAAUAAAAAAACGUUUGCAACGUAUCUAUGUUGGAGCUGCCGUUAAUAUGCUCAAGUUUAAAUUAAGUUCAUUCUUUUUUCUUUUUGUAUUGAAAAAUGUACAAUUAUUAUUAAUAUAAUUAAUUAUAGGACGAUAAAUUAAGUGUUAGGGUUGAAAAAUAGUAACCUAAUACAAAUUUAUGAAAUAAAAAAUUUAUUGAUUUA